GAAGUCAAGUCAGGGAAGUUUUCUCGUUUUAUGCAAUACUGCUGCCAGACUUUUAUCAGUAUUUUUAUAACAUCAUCAUUAACAUUACUCAUUUUUGUCUCUAUAUAUCACACGGCCACAAAUUCACAUGCGUUUAACUUCAUAAUACCCUCCCACGACUAAUAAUUUUGGGAAACCCCGCAAAUCGUAAUAAAAAUACUCAUUAUCUUUAUACAAAGCGAAUACACAGCUUGGAUGUAAAGCAUUCCAUUAUGUAACAGCAAUAGAGAAAUAAUAUAAAGAGAAUUACCAUCGUUAUUAGAGAGAGAAGCACAAAUCCCUAUUCACUAGAAGAGAGGGAGAACUCUCACUCACUCACUCACUGGCGCCUCCUACUCUCCCACUCCUCUCUCCCAUUACGAGUUUCCUGCGCCUCCCCCAGGUGUGAUGGAGACAGGUAGCCGCAUUGGGAAUAUAUUUGGCCAGUCCCAGUUCACAGGGGAGGAGCAGUCAGCCAUCCAGAAUGUGCUACAGCAGAAGCUUGGCCGAGGGUUCAUCAGCCAGCGUACCGGGCCAGGAGGUCAGCGCCUGGCUUACAUUGAAGGAUGGAGGGUUGUCAUGCUGGCUAAUGAGAUAUUUGGUUUCAAUGGAUGGAGCCACUCAGUCACCAGCCAGACUAUUGACUUUGUGGACCACUACAAUGGGCGUUACUAUGUGGGCGUCAGCUCCAAGGUACGAGUGCAGCUGAAGGAUGGGGUGUUCCAUGAGGACAUUGGCUAUGGCAUCUCGGAGGGCAUGAAAAGCAAGGCACUGUCACUCGAGAAGGCACGCAAGGAAGCAGUGACUGAUGGGCUGAAGAGAGCACUGAAGGGGUUCGGCAAUGCUAUGGGGAACUGUCUCAGUGACAAGGACUACAUCAGGUACAUUAGCAAGACUCCAGCCACCACCGAGCUACCCAUCUGUCCCUCUAGUCUUCUCGAGGCCGGUGCCACCUCAGGCUUAGCUCAGCUGCGUCGGAGAGUGCUAGAGGAAGGCAGGAGACAGAGUCUGCAAAAGAAAUCUAGUGAAGGAAGCCACACACCACAUGAGACACAGCAAGGCCCCAGCACAGCCAACCAAGGCACUUCCAGCAUGAACCAGCAGACCAAGACAGCUAGUUGUAGUGCAGGGAAGAGAGAUCCUGAAGCCUCCACCAGCUACACCACCUUCCCCACCACCACCUCCACUGCGUCCACCAUUACCACCACCACCACCACUGCACAUAACACUGAUUCAUUUCCAAAACCUGGAAACAGCUCAACUAAAAAGGAAUUCCCAGUGGUAGGAAAGCUUAGUUUCCCACCAGAGUCAGUUGCUAGUUUGCCAGCAGGCCCCAAGACUCCUGUGGCAGCUGUCAACACAAGCACAGCAAAGGAACUUAACACAGCAGGCCCAGCACAGCCACAGGAUUCCAGCAAGCCAGCACUCCCACAGCAAAACACCACUGCAGACUCAGACCUAUUUACUGGCUGUGAGUUAGCAUUGUUCAAUACCCCAAUGGAAACAACAACAUUCAAGGCUCAAGCUCAGGCAGAUACAUCCACUCCUCCUAAUCCUCCUCCUCCUCUUCCUCUUCCUCUUCCUCUUCCUCUUCCUCUUCCUCCUCCUCCUCCUCCUCCCCUCCUCCUCCUUCUGCACCUCUUCCUUUCUUCCUCUUCUUCAUCUUCCCCGAGUGUCCUGUUUCAAGGCAGUGUCAAGAAUCAGGAGGAGAAAGAAAUGUCAGCUAAUUCCUUUGUUGGGUUCACUGCGGAUAUGAUCAAUGUCUCACCUAAUAGCAAGAUGUUCAGUGCCUGCUUCAGAGACAACAAGGAGGAGAGGAAGCGGCGCCAAAGAGAGAAACAGCAAGAAUUUAAACUGAGGAUGAAGAACAAGAGUGUGGCAAAUUCAACGCUUUUCUCUUCCAAUGAUAGUAUUGAUGACAUCUCGUGGGGGGAGGAGCUGGUGGCUGAGGAUGAUCCAAGCUUCUGGGCCCAACUGAUGACCCAGCAGCUUAUAGAGGCCCAGGAGGAGGAGCAACAGACUGAGUCCUUUGCCUUCUCCCUGGGCCUCACUCCCUCACGCACUAAGGAGCGAUAUGAGAACCAGCAGUCCGGUAUUGGUCAGGUGGGACGUGCAUCCUCCUCGGCAGCCUUCAGCCCAUCUGCCACCAACUCCAGCAAGGCAGUGUAUGGAAAGCCAGCAAUCUGUAUGAGACAAAGCAAUACUGUUCACAAGAAUGGGUUUGGUUUCUCUUCUAACAGGAAUCAAAUGAAUGGUAGCUGUGCAAGGCCCUCUAGUUCAGUGGUGAGCAGCACACACAGCUACAGACUCCAGCAGGGCUCAAGUAACUCCAUCGUGGGUGACUAUGUGCAGGUGAAGGUGGAGAAGGAUUAUGAUGAGAAUGAUAGCAGCAGUAACAGCAGCAAGGUUGGGUUUGGUGAGGUUGAGGACGGCUCCCUGUGGCGCUCCCCUCGUGUCAACAAAGGGAACACCAACAAGUAUGAGGACUUUAAGGUUCCCAUGUCGCGCAGCAAUGGAUUCAUGGAUGGCAGGAGGAGUCCACUCUUGCAAAACAAGAAAAGAAGAUUAGAUGGCAGUGUAUAAUUGGUCAGUACUGUGAUUGAGCUCUGUUGUACUGCUGCCUGUGAACACUACAACUACUUCAGGAGGAAUGAAUCCCAGGGUAUCUCUGAACUCUCUGUGAUCCUUGCUGUUGUGAUGACCUGUCUGUACUCAAGGCUGGUGAUAUGUUGGUUACUAAGUACAGUUUAGUUAUGGGCAGUCUGUACGUUGUCCUUUUUUAAAUUGCAUGCUGAUCUAACUUCUUUUGCAUCCAUGAUUUUAUAGAUAGGUCAGUCCAGGUUGUUUGAGCUUUAUAUCAUACUAUACCAUUGUCUGCUUAGUCAAAACUAUUUAUUCUCGGUUUACUGAAUACAUUAGCAGUAUAAUACAUAUAUUGCUGAUUAUUGUAGUGUUAGCUGGUACUGUAACCUCUGUUCACACUGAUUCCUGAACCUCAUACUGUCAUUGUUUAGGAGAGAGAGAGAGAGAGAGAGAGAGAGAGAGAGAGAGAUGUGAAGUGUGAGUGAGAAGGCAUGCCAUGUCUAGUCAUAAGUGAACUGGAUGAGUAUAGCUGCUUAUCUUUUAUACUUUUGAAUGUUCCAGUGGUGCAGUGUGACAGAUAGGGGGGGGGUGAAGGAACAUAGCAUUUCUUAGGUGUGAUAAUUCUGACGGAUACAUGAAAAAUACUAGUUUGAUGAUUCCACAAGUGAAAUUCCAAGUCUUAUUGAUUUCCAUUGCUUUUUAAAGUGUUUGACAUUUUGACAGUGUUAAAACUUUUAUGAUGUACAAUUACAGGAGCUGGUGGAUGCUUGGUGGAAAAUAUAUAUUGGUUUCUUA